UGGAAACAUUGUAACACCAAAUCUAUACUGCUUUCCAUAUAGUCCCCACCGGCUACGCUCAAUGCGCUACUGACACCCAUCGGCUUACUUGACGCCCAUAUCAUACGGGUCAUUAAUGUUGCAAUUUAUAUAACUGCUUACUGCACAGUGCUGUCAGGCGUACACGGCACACAACGAAAUCCUUAACCGCUGUCGUUAGGGACAACCCUACACGAUUGUUCCGUGACCAUGGAGGAGAGGAUGAUUUGCCUGUACUGGUCAGGCUACCAUGCACGUCAAUCUACCUUUUGAAGACAAGCGGUCGAGCAGCAUUGUGCGAUAGCAUCCGUCGUCUCCUUCCGGAUCCUCACUGGGACUGUUGCUUUAGAUGCUAAAUACUGCUCUUUGUGAAGAACUGGCUUCUUUAAAUCAGUUAAGCAAUGUGGUAGCGGGCACUUUUGGCAUCUCCAACGUCCUGCCUCCAACCACCUCUGGCGACAGCGACGUGCCGGCAAUGCUGAGCACCCUGCAAGUGCCGCUGCAAGCCGAUUACGUCACAUCAUGCAAACUGUCGCAGCUUUGUUGCGUCGGCAGCCAUAACAGCAUGCCAAAUUGCAACGAGCCAUGUCCAACAACUGACGCAGCCUUGAGUAGCACUGAGCCAUCCUUCAACACGAUGUGCACACUCACGGAGUCAUGCGGCGAUGGUUUCUCCGAAGCCUCGGUAGCAAGGGCCAACUACACCGGCCAUUGGUGGCAUGAUGGGCUCAGGGACUCCGACGAACCACACCUCCGUUGGUGUCAACACUGGCAGCGGCACUGGGUACGAUUACGCCGCCAGCAGCAGCAGCCCCAACCGCAGCAGCACCCUCCUGAUGCAUCACUGCCAGCUGCCUCGUUGCAACCAGCAGCCCCCACCGCAGCAACGAGCACCUGCUGCCAUCACGUGUGUCCGACCGCCACUGCAGACGGCCUGUUCCAACGCAGUGCAGCCAGCGCAUCGGCGCAGCUUCACCCGGCUACACACCUGCGCCCUGGAGCCCGCAUGCCCCCGGAUUGCGGCCCGGCGGCUGUGAGCAGGCAGAUCUCAGCCUUGCCCCAAUGUCCACCGUCCUCACUCCAGUUGCGCGAGCCGCAGCAGCAGCUGCUGCUGCAGCAACAGCCAAUCCGAGCAGAACGCGAGGCGGGAUGCGACGCAGAACGCGAGGCGGGAUGCGACGCAGACCGCCCUCCUCACUGGCGCAGUCAUGGCUGCCCAGGCAUGCAUGGCAUGGCAAACUCCGGGGUGCAGCGGAGAGCUCCGGGCGACACACCCGCAGCAGCGACUUCCAUCCCGGCUGCGGGUUGCUGGCGUCGUAACCGCACAGGGAGUAGCAGCAGCCGCAGCUGCUGCACGAGCGCGACUCCUUGUGGCAGCAGCUGUAGCUGCCGCGACACCAGCGGCUGCCCAGUCGGGUGGGGACUGGAGCGCAGCUACUGCCCCGGGGCACAGCAGCUGCAAGGCGCCCGGGAGCUGCCACAUUCACACUCACCGCAGCAGCAGCCGUGCUGCCAGCAGCACAAGCCGCAGACCCUGCCCCGGCUGCACGGCCUGAAUGCAUGCGGCGCGCAGAGCGCCCAGGAGGCUCCCAGCUGCGGGGGGAGGGGUCCUUUAGGGCCCCCCUCGCCGCCGCCGCAGCAGUCAGAGCAGCAAUGCCCGCCGCAGCAGUGCCCGCAACAAGGACACGGGUACGGGGAUUCAGGGGCCGAGCCUCUGCCGCACCGGCGAAAACAGCAGCCUCCGCCGCCGGCCCAGCGACAGCCGCAGCAGCAGAAGAGGGCGAGCGCAAGGUCUCGGUUGCUGCAGCAGCUCCUGGGGCCAUCCUGGGUUGCCCCUUCUGCUGGUGAUGGAGCGCUACAAAGAUUGUUGCUGCUGCCGCUGCUGUUGCUGGCGGCGGCAGCGGCACUACCCCAGGCGGCCGGACAGGCUCUACCGCCGCCGCCGUCGACGACUCCGCUCAGCUGUACGGCGUACACGGUGGAUCCGGCACUCGCCCUGUGCACCCCCUCGCUUCAGAACUGCGUGCUGUACAUGUACUGCCCCAACCCCUGCAGCACCCUCUAUCGCUUCAGCUACGUAAAUGUGUCGAGCUGUGAACUCCAGGGCAAGACGUACAUCACCAAUAGCACCUGCGGCACCAUCACAUGCACCACGCCGCCGGCAUCCGGUGCGCCGCCGCCGUCGCCGCUGCCGUCGUCGCCGCCGCCGCCGCUGCCGUCGCCUGCACCGCCGCCGCGUUUAUCCCCGCCGCCGCCAUCGCUACUGUCGGCGCCACCGUCGCCGCCACGUCCUUCACCGUUGCCGCCUCCGAAGCCCCAACCGCCCCCUUCGCCCGUAGCAUCGCCGCCGCCAAGGCCCAAGCCGCCGCCGUCGCCGCCUCCAGCCAAGUCGCCGCCGCCAGUAAAGCGCCCGCCGCCGCCGUCACCCGUGGAUGCUCCUCCGCCGGAUAGCAACGGCACGCCGCCACCAAUCGAAGCUGACAUGCCGCCGCCCUCACCGUUGCCUCCGCCGCCACCUUCACUGAAAUCACCUCCACCGCCAUCAACGCGCCCUCCACCUCUGCCGGCACCAUCGCCACCGCUUGUUGCCAAGAACAACCCGCCGCCUCCGCCCUCGGCGGCCCCGCCUCCGCCCCCGCCUGUACCCCAACCCCAAAGCUCACCUUCGCCACCACCGCCAUCUCCUGCGCCAAACCCGCCGCCUCCUUCUCAACCCUGGCCGCCGCCUCCCAGCCCCGUACGACCCCCUCCACUGCCCCCUAUGCCAUCGCCGCCGCGGCCUCCCAGCCCUCCCCAACCGCCUCCCAUGCCGCCUCGCCCGUCGCCGCCGCCAGUGCCACCAUCGCCGCCUCGCCCGUCGCCGCCCCCACCGCCUCCGCCGUCGCCACCUCGCCCACCGCUGCCCCCAUCGCCACCGCCGUCGCCGCCUCGGCCGUCGCCGCCGCCGUCAACUCCCAUGCCGCCGCGUCCACCACCCUCACCGCCUUCACCAUCGCCGCCGCCGUUGCCGCCGUCACCGCCGCCAUUGCCACCUCCGCCGCCUCGGCCAUCGCCACCGCCGUCGCCGCCCCGUCCAUCACCGCCGCCGUCGCCUCCAUCACCAUCACCACCUCCAUCGCCAUCACCACCGCCGCGGCCUUCGCCGCCACCUCGCCCUUCGCCGCCGCCUCAUCCCUCACCACCUCCAUUACCAUUGCCGCCGUCAUCACCGUCGCCGCCACCCCUGCCCGAUCCACCGCUGCCUGCGCCGCCACCCCUGCCUGCGCCGCCACCGCCGCCACACCCGCCACCUCUGGCGCCCUCGCCGCCUGUGCCGCAUCCUCCACAGCCGCCCCCGUCACCCCCAACACCCCCGUCGCCAGCGCCUCCGUCGCCCUUGCAUCCGCCUCCGUCUCCAUCGUCGCCGCCUUUCCCUCCACCACAUCCUCCCUCCAGCCCGACUCCUCCAUCCCUCCCACCGCCAAAGAAGCCAGGCCCUCCGCCGAGCCCGCCGCACCCCAAUCCACCACCUCCCAGCCCCUCACCUCGGAAACCACCACCGCCGCCGCGGCCGCCGCCGCCGCCACGGCCAUCGCCGCCUCCGCCCAGAAGCCCGCCGUCGCCACCACCGCCGCCAUCGCCGCGUCCGCCGCCGCCGGGUCCUGACUCUGAGGCCGGAAUUCUGCGGACAAUCGACGUACCCACAAUCCCCACACAGCAGCAGGUUGCGGCGCUAGUGGCGGCUCUCAAAGCCUCGGCGCCAGCUAGCAGCAACGUCACCGUCGGCGUGUCAGUGCUCGCUGAGAUUAUUUCCGUGUCGUACACGGUGUAUGCUGUUGGCGGCGCCGCCAACUGUCCCGUAUGUGACAACAGCUCUGUCGUACUGACGGGGCAGUUGACGCAGGCGGUUGCGACGGCGUCCCGUGCGCUGUUGCAAAACGUUGCCAUUGAGUGCUCUGCAACCUCAUCACAAUUCCGUCGGAUGUUGCAUGAGCAUUUGCAACACGUGCGGCAGCCGCGCCAGCGGCAACUGCAUCAGAGCGCGGAUGCUGGGAUUGCCGCUAGCGGUGUCCGGCGUCAGCUGCAGCAGUCGGCUGGUACGGCAGACCCCUCCUCGCCUCCGCCGCCGCCUUCACCGUCACCGUCACCAGCAGCACCGCCGCCGCCAGCGUCCUCCUCCAAUACGCUAACGGCAUGUACCGACGCGGCUUUCUCGGCACGCAUCCAGGUCAACCCCAGCGAUGACCUCACCACUCUUGUAUCCGCAAUCCUGUCAACCACCGUCGCGGCGCCAGCGGCUGCCCCGCUGGUCCUCAUUCCGUUACCCUCGGCGCAGCAGCUCUCGCUUUCCAGCCAGCUGCUGCUAGCCCUCGACGGGAGUACGUGGGCGGAUGCCGUGGCGGCUCAAAAGCUGGUCAACGACACGCAAGCCGUCGCUGAGCGUGUAGCCACUGCACUCACGGUGGACCCCUCGACGGUGGUGGUAACCGACCCACGGGUCACUGGCCAGGCUAUAACGUCCCCCCAGCCCAACAUGGCCUCGUCGAAUAGCUCUGGUACGCCAAGUGGAAGCAGCAGUGGCUCAGAUAGCAGUGCUGGCAGCAGUAGCAGCAGCUCGCGUGUUAAGACCGGGAUGAUUGUUGGCGUUAUCCUGGGCUUGGUUGCCGCGGCGGUGGUACUCUGGGGCGUGCUCUACUUUGCCCGUGUGGGGCAUGAAAGGCGGCGCAUGGCCGGGUCCUACAUGAACUACCUGGAGCCCACUGACCCGCGGAUUGUCAUGUGGCACAACGCCUGCGUGGAGCGGGCGGCGGCACGCCUCAACGGCAACAUCCAUCAGCACCAGCAGCAGCACCAGCAGCAGCCGGGUGGCUACCUGCCCACGCUGGCACAGGUGCAGCACGUGAUUACGUUGCCCAACCACCAGCCCAACGGCCGCAGGCGCAUGGACAGCGUGGACCUUCGGCUCGUUGCGUCCGGUAACCAGUAUGCCACGUAAGAUGGUGGUUUACGUGGGGUGUGCGGAUGUCCCAUGGUAUACUUAGUGGCCUCGCCACGGAAGCUGGGUUGGCCUAGGGGAUGGACGAGUCUUUAUCCUGCAUGUUUGUGUUUUUAGGCGUGGGUUUGGGCGGCAAGUUGCAAGCAAGGACGUGGAUGCGUGGGCAAGGGGCUUAGGUACGGUAUGCGUGGGAAGGGUAUGGAGAGGGCUUGUGUUCGCGGCAAGCAAGCGGGCGCAAGAUGGUGCGGUGGAUGUGUUCGCAUGAGUCUUGGAGCGGACGGAGCUGCAUGCGUGGCGUGCCUGCGUUGCACUCGGGACGUUGCAAUGGCAUGUAUCGAUGUAUGCGCUUACGGACGGUAAGUGGAUGCACUGCUUACAUACGUGCAGCAUGCUAGUCGUGCGGUGGGAGAGGAAGUGGGCGCAAAGGCUUUGAAAGCUGGGUGGACUGAGGUUUUAGCAUGUGUAUUUGCGGCAUGGUGUUUUUCGCAACGAUGGGUUAGCUGUCGUCCUCGGUAUUUGGUGAUGUUAACCUUGGUACAUACUGUUAUACGGGGUUGCGUGGUGGGAGGAGGGAUGCCUAGAAGCAGUAAGCUGCUCUGCCUUCCAUUGAACAUGAGCAACAGCUCGCAUGAACUGCCGCGCGAUUAGGAGGGCAUCGAGACUGCCGUCGUACACAAGUGCCGACAGAGUACGGUUUUCACUGCCAUGUUCAACCGCACAUGUUUGGCGUUGCAUUCGGGGACGUUCAAAACACCAACGAAUGAACGUUAAGCGUUCUUUCAUCUAUUAACUGUUUUAUCCUUUCGAUAUGUUGGCUUCCCCUCCUUAUGUUACUUGUUUUCCUUUCCUUAGCUCUAGAAAACAUCGCGCCCGAUGGUUGGGCAAAUGGACAAUCACUCUGUGCUUCAACUAAGUGGAUUGAUGGAGUGAUGAGGGGGUGAUCAUAUGUAGGACUGCCGUACAAGAUACGUACUACAUGAGACGUCCUACUUUGCGAUUGGGUAUGGUGUCUCUUGUACGGCUUCCAGGCUUUCAGGAACUCCGGUCCCCCUUGUAACCUUCGCAUUCUA